AGGAAACCUUUUGUAUAGUACACAUGAGUGUUUGUUUGCGAAAACAUAUAAUUUAGAUAUUUCGAAUAAACUAAGGCACAAAACUCUUUUUGUGUUUAGGCUCCUCCCUCUUCUCAAUACACUGGUAUGUCCAUAGAAAUCAAGCAUUGCGGUAAUAUCGUCAUUGUUCAUGCUGCUCUGAAAUGUAUAAAUAUCAGCAUUAGCUUCUGAUUUAGAUUAAGGUAGACUUAGGCUUGUGGUGAGUGGUUUAGGUGUCUUAGUCGGUAUGACAUCCACACAGAGAUGGCCAGAGAAGAGUUGGGCAUUCUUACACCUACUGUUGGUGGCAUCUCUUUCUCGAGCUGAGGAUCCGGUGUGCAAGUGGAGAGGGGAUCCAGAGAAUCCCCAACUAUCUAAGGAUGGAGAAAUUAUACUGGGGGGUCUUUUCUCUUUCCAUAGCACAUGGAAAGAGAGACAGGAAUCCUACAUGCACAAACCACUGCCACUGCAAUGUGUCAGUUUGCAUUUCAGAGAGUUCCAGUUUGCCCAGGCUAUGCUGUUUGCAAUAGAAGAGAUUAAUAACAGCACGGACCUGCUGCCUGGAGUCUCUCUGGGCUAUAAGCUCUAUGAUGUGUGUGGCUCGAUUGCCAGAGGUGUCAGGGUUGCACUGGCCUUGGCUACGGGUAAUGAAGCGAUAUAUGCACCGUCCGAGGCAGCAUGUACCAGACCUGCCCAAGUGCAGGCCUUAAUGGGGGAGACUUCUUCCUCUCCUUGCAUGGCAAUAGCUACUGUCAUAGGACCCUUUUAUAUACCAAUGAUCAGCCACUUUGCGACGUGUGCUUGUCUCAGUGAUAAAACCAAGUACCCAUCCUUCCUCAGAACAAUACCCAGUGACUACUACCAGAGCAGAGCCCUGGCCCAGCUGGUCAAGCACUUUGGUUGGACUUGGGUUGGAGCUAUUAGAACAAAUGAUGAUUAUGGCAAUAAUGGCAUGGCCAUAUUCACAGAAGCUGCCCAGCAGCUGGGCAUCUGUCUGGAGUACUCUGUGUCUGUUUUUAGAACCGACCCACCAGACAAUAUACAAAAGGCAAUUGACAUUAUCAAGGCUUCCACUUCAAAGGUGAUUGUUGCUUUCCUCUCCCACUUGGAUAUGGAUAUGGUAAUUCAUGAGUUCUCUCACCACAACCUGACAGGGUACCAGUGGGUAGGCAGUGAGAGCUGGAUCUUUGAUUCCCAAACUGCAGCCAUGGAUAAGCAACACAUCCUGGAUGGUGCCAUAGGCCUGUCCAUCCCCAAAGCACAUGUCAGCGGCAUGAGGGAGUUCAUGUUGGAUGUGAAGCCACUCAACUCAUCUAGUAAUGAAUUGUUUACAGAGUUUUGGGAGAAAUUAUUUAGCUGUAAGUUCAAGAAUUCAAAUUCAUCAGCAGAGAAUCAGAGCGAGUGCACUGGAAAAGAAAAACUGACUGGAGUGCAAAACAGCUUUACUGAUAUGUCGCUCAUGCCUAUCUUUAACAAUGUCUAUAAAGGAGUUUAUGCUGUGGCCCAUGCACUUCAUGCCAUUCUCAAUUGUAAUAAAACAUGUAACACAAAGGUGCAGCUAGAUCCAUUCACUAUUUUACAGCACAUAAGAAAGAUUCGGUUCAGAACAAAGGAAGGAGAUGAGGUCUACUUUAAUGAGAAUGGAGACCCAGCAGCAAAGUAUGAAAUUAUAAACUGGCAGCCAACAGAAAAUGGCAUUGUGGACUUUGUCACAGUUGGCUUUCAUGAUUCAUCAUUGCCUGUCGACCAACAGCUGAAUCUGCAAAAUAAGUCUUUAAUUUGGGCACAGAACUCCCAACAGGUGCCUUUGUCAGUCUGCAGUGAGAAAUGUCCCCCAGGAACUCGCAAGGUUCUGCAGAAAGGAAAGCCUGUCUGCUGCUAUGACUGUAUAAGAUGUGCAGAGGGAGAAAUAAGCAACAUUACAGAUUCUAUCACCUGUGUGAGAUGUGACCCUGACUUCUGGUCAGAUGAAAGGAGACAUGCCUGUGUAAAGAAGGAGGCAGAGUUUCUAUCAUAUGAAGAGAUUAUGGGAGCACUGCUCACUGCUGCCUCCCUGUUCGGAACUUGCAUGACUGCUCUGGUAGCUUUCAUUUUCUUCGCACACAGGACGACUCCUAUUGUCAGGGCCAACAACUCUGAGCUGAGCUUCCUGCUGCUCUUCUCCUUGACUCUGUGUUUCCUGUGUUCCCUGACCUUCAUCGGUCGGCCCUCUGAGUGGUCCUGCAUGCUGCGACACACAGCAUUUGGCAUCACCUUUGUCCUCUGUAUCUCUUGUGUUCUGGGGAAAACAAUAGUGGUGUUGAUGGCCUUCAGGGCCACACUUCCAGGUAGUAAUGUGAUGAAAUGGUUUGGGCCUGCACAGCAGAAACUCAGUGUUCUGGGUUUCACUGUCAUACAAGUUGUCAUAUGUGUCCUCUGGUUAACAAUUUCUCCUCCUUUUCCCUUCAAAAAUUUCGAGGAGUCCAAGCAUAAAAUCAUCUUAGAGUGCGCUCUGGGCUCAGCUGUAGGCUUUUGGGCUGUGCUUGGGUACAUCGGACUUCUGGCCAUGUUGUGUUUUAUUCUUGCUUUUCUGGCUCGGAAACUGCCUGACAAUUUCAAUGAAGCCAAAUUUAUCACCUUUAGCAUGCUGAUAUUCUGUGCAGUAUGGAUCACUUUUAUCCCAGCGUAUGUCAGCUCUCCUGGGAAGUUCAGUGUUGCUGUGGAGAUAUUUGCAAUUCUGGCUUCAAGUUUUGGACUGCUGAUUUGUAUUUUUAUUCCAAAAUGUUAUAUUAUCUUACUAAAACCAGAGAAGAAUACAAAAAAGAAUAUGAUGGGCAAGGUGGCAUCAACAUCAUUCUGAAAACUGUAACCACUGUACCACAUGCUAUCCAAUAUAUGUUAUAUGGAUAUUCAUAUACACACACACGUGUGUAAAAACUGUGAUCACAGAAUAAAAUCCAUUUGUUUGGUAUUCUGAGGCUGGAAUUCAACCACCAUAAAUUUCUUUUUUCUGUUGAAUGUGUGUUUAAUGCUCUGUAGUGAGCUCUAGAGUUCAUCCAGUUUCGAGGCUGAUUCUGAGGCUCUUGAUUAUGCUGGGGAAGAAAGAUCCCGUGUCAUGACUCAACACACCCAGCUGAGCUGACUCAAGAAAGCAACUGUGUUACUGGGGGCAUUUUUAUCAUUUCACACUGAGCAGGAUUUCGCAGUUAACAAUGAACAUGUU